AUGUGGGAGUUUCGCGGGGAAGAUAUCACAGAAGUAAACGAAGAUCAAGAAGAAGUAGAAUCAAACAGUGAAGAGGACAUACCAUAUGACAGUGAUGAUGAUGAAGACAAUGACGAUAUGAGACCAGCAUUAGAAGAUUUAGCUAGUCAAUAUCAUAGGAAGAGUGAUUUUGUGAACCUUGGAGAUUCAAAUGAGCACAAUGAUGAAAGGAAUACAUUACCUGACUUAUUUGCAGAAGCAGAACAGGAGUUAUACUUUGGAUGUACAACGUUCUCAAUCUUAACAUUUAUUGUUAAUCUAAUGCACAUUAAAGUGAUGUGUGGUUGGAGUAACAAAUCAUUUGAUUUGUUGCUCGACUUACUUUCGAAAGCAUUUCCCAAAGACAAUAAAAUUCCACGAUCUUAUUAUGACGCUAAGAAAAUGUUGCAUGAUCUUGGUUUAGGGUACGAAACUAUUCAUGUAUGUGAGUAUGAUUGUGCUUUAUUUUGGAAAGAGAGUAAAAAUGCUGAAAGAUGUCCUAUAUGUGGUCAUGAACGAUUCAAAUUCCAAGGAACUAAAGGCAAGAAGAUCCCACACAAAAAGAUGCAAUAUUUUCCUAUAACUCCACGACUACAGAGACUUUUUAUGUCACGCCAUACAUCAUCUGAUAUGAGGUGGCAUAAGGAAGAACAUGUUGAUAAAAAAGGUGUACUUAGACACCCGGCAGAUGCAGAGGUUUGGAAGGAUUUUGAUAGACAAUAUCCAGAUUUUGCAAAAGAAUCUAGAAAUGUAAGGCUUGGAUUUGCAACAAAUGGGUUCAAUCCAUUCGGUGAUUUAUCAAACUCGUAUAGUAUGUGGCCAGUGUUACUAAUGCCAUAUAACAUGCCGUCAUGGAGAUGCAUGAAACGAGAAUUCUUAAUGAUGUCAUUAUUGAUUCCGGGACGUCGUGCUCCAGGAAAAGACAUAGAUGUCUAUUUACAACCUCUGAUCGAUGAGCUGAAAGAACUAUGGGAAAAUGGUGUACGUACUUUUGAUAUUAUUGAUAAAGAAUAUUUUACAAUGCGUGCAGCAAUAUUGUGGACAAUCCAUGAUUUUCCAGCAUAUGGUAUUGUAUCUGGGUAUAGCACUCAAGGUUAUAAAGCUUGUCCUGUUUGUGAAGAUGACACAUCUUCAUUUCGAAUAAGAGGAAAAACAUGUUUCAUGGGUCAUCGUCGAUAUUUGUGUCCGAACCACCAAUGGCGCAAUGAUAUGGAGUAUGAUGGUACAAUCGAACGGCGUCCACCUCCAAGAAUUUUAACAGGAGAUGAAAUCUUAGAUAAAUUAAAAGGUGUAUGGAAAUGCAGGGUAGGUAAAAAUGAUAAGAUCAUUAAGGACGAUAAGCAACAAAUGAAGGAUGCCUGUUAUGAAAAUAACAUGAACUGGAGGCGAAAAAGUAUUUUUUGGGAGUUAGAAUAUUGGCCUAAAUUAAAACUAAGACAUAAUUUGGAUGUGAUGCAUAUUGAGAAAAAUAUAUGUGAUAGUGUAGUUGGUACAAUAUUUAGUAUUGAUGGGAAGUCUAAAGAUACUGAAAAGGCAAGACUUGAUUGA